AUGGAACACGAGAAAAAGCAUGUGAUAACCGGAGGACUUAAGCUGAAGAAAGGAGAUCUCUUCAAGAAGAAGAAAAAGAAAGUCGAUUUGAAAGAGGUCGAUUUAACAAUAAAAAAAGACGGUACAUCCUCGACGACAAAACUAACAGAAGCGGAACGAAAGUUCAAACAACGACAAGAGAAAACGAUGUUUGAACGAAUGCAAAAGAAAGCCGUGGUCUCCCAUCGAGAAAAGGUCGAACAAUUCAACAAACAGAUGAGCGAGCUUACCGAGUUUAACGAUAUCCCGAAAGUAUCUUGGACCAAA